CAUCCAUAUAAUAAUAUACACACACAUUCUUGAUUUCUUCUCCAAAUCUCGAACCAGAUGCUCAUAAAGCAGCUUAGCUCCUCCUUCGAUGAAUACAAUAAUACAUAUACAUAAUCAUAAUCACCAAUUGAUUUGAUUAUUUGCAGGCUGAGGCCACUUCUGUAAAGUAAAUCCUCUGCAACGACGACAACCAACCUUCAACCAAGAAGUUAACGGCAAGGUAUCACCACGAUAAGCUUCCCUUGUUUGCUCAUAAAUCGCCCAACAAACCUUCCUUUUUCCAUUCCAUUCCAUUCCAUUCCAUUGACCCUACCUCAAUCUUUUUCCCUAAUCCGCAUACCCCACACUCACCACGCUUUGUUCCACCAAUCAAUCUUUUCUGGAUCUGUCUCAGUCCGCCGACGCCGGAGCUCCGGAUCCAGAGAGCCGCGCGCUUUUGAAUUUCCCGAUGCUGGUGAUGAUUUGUGUUGUCGAUUGUUUUUUUUUUUUUGGAAUAAUUGAAUUCGAUAGUUUCUGUUCAUUAUGCAAUUGCGGAAUCGUCGUGUAAUUGCUGUUUUUGAUUUGAAAGGCGAACGGGGGAAUGAAAUUAGGGUUUACGAAUAGUAGUGGUAAGAGUUGUUUUCCUGCUAUUGUGAUUUGGGAGACGAACGGGGGAUGAAAUUAGGGUUUAUUUUGAUUUGAGAGAUUGGGGAUUGUUCUUCAAUAAAACUGUUUGAAGUGAAGUGAGGAGUAAAGGCAUCGCUGGAAUUAGGGUUAUCACUCAUCAAUGGUGUCCCCUGGUUUUUUCCUGAUAUGCAUGCUCCACUCUUUGGUCGCCAUUACCAGUGGAGCUCUGAUGAUGUUCUAUAGAGAGGAGAUCUAUGUGUUCAGCCAUGGCCUAGACCAUGCCAGCAAGAUUUUGGGGUCUACUCCCCAUGAUCAGCUGUUGAUCCAGACAUCAGACUCGUUUUCGGGCCUGCUUCUAUUCGCCAUAGGUUUUCUUUUGUUCAUGGUUGCUUUUGUCAAGGACAGGGAGUUUCAUGGCUUCUUCGCGAGGGGUUGUGUUCUUCUCCACAUUGCAAUGGCCAUUUGGAGAAUUUACUUCGAGAGGAAGGUGGAAGUUCUUGGCCACGAUUGGCUGAGGCAGCUCAUUGGAGACAUUGUUUUGGGGCUUUCGUGGGUAUUCUUUCUCGUGUUUUCGUGGAGAGAGAAGUAUGAUUGAUGCUGGUAUUUUGUUGAGGAGAAUUCGGUGUGGUAUUGCAGCUAUUUGCGCCCGAUUUUUCUCACUCGACGAAGAAUGCACUAUCAAGCUGAGUUGCUCCAGCCCAAUAUGUAUGUUAUUGUUCCAGAGAAUUAAUACAACCGUGUCAAAUUUGGUUUUAAAUUUUAGAUGUUCCAAGGCUUGGUAGCUUUUCCUUAUUUUUAUUUACUCAUAAUUUAUAAAUUAUUUUAAAUAAAAAAUAAUGGUAAAAUAAUGUAUGUCAAAAUUAUACUUCUUUAAUUUAUCAAAUAAUAGAUUAAAAUGCGAUGAGAUAAAUAUUUUAUAAUUUGGUUAUUAUUUGUUAAAAUAUACUUAGGGUUUGUUUCAUUUUGUAUUUUUUAUUUGAACAAAUAUAAGUUGAAAUGGAUAGAGAAGGCCACAUUUGUGAUUGACGUUGUCCUCCAUUUAGCAUAAGAAUAGAGCUUUUUGGGCAAUUGGAAAUCCUCUUUUUAUUCAAAUUGUAUGGCUUAUAAACAUCGGGAAUUUGUGCCUCCCUUUUAUCAGACUUCCACACCAACACGACAACAUUAUUCAUUCCCUCUAUCUCUACGUAUCUAUUCAUCAUCUAUUAUUGCUUGUCCUUCCUUAAUCACUCCAAAUAAUUCAUACACUCAUCUCUUUUCAACAUCAAUUUUCAAAAGUAAAAAAUAUCAUCUCUUUACAAUAAACUACGAUAAUUACAUAUUAAAAAAAAUAAUAAUAAUUUGAAAUCAAACUCCAAAUAAAAGAAUCUAACAUCAAAUGAGCAUCCAAAAAUGGCCGUGAAAAAGAAGAUAACGACAUACAUUAACAUUGCCGACUCCACGGCACAUGAUUCCUUAGCUCCAUCGCCUUUUUCCUCGAUUCCCCGGCGCCCUCCACCGCCUAUAAAUUCUCGUUCCUCCAUGUAUUAUCACUUCAUCAUCGGCAUUUCACUCUUCCUAGCUAGUUUCCUCGACAACUCUCGUCAUAUCGAUCAUGGCAGACAUCAUUUGCGGCAACUGCAGCUGCUUUGACAGGACACAGUGUGUGAAGAAGGACUCCACGGCUGAGGCCAUCGAGCCCGCAAGCUACAUGAAUGCUGGCGGCGUUAUGGAUGCUCCGGUGGCGGCUGAGAACGGCGGCGGCUGCCAGUGCAAGUGUGGGCCGAGCUGCGCCUGCCCCAACUGCACCUGCGGCCAUUGAAUCAAUUCGACUACUCAUAUCGCAUCUUUAUAUAUUUACAUACUACCAAAAUAAAAAGAUACAGUUGAUGAAUAGUCCCUAUUGUACUAUUAGUGUUACUAUGAAAGGGGUGAUCAUCAAUAAGUUAGUUGUGAGUGAUUGUUGACAGUGUGCUUUUAGUGUUUUCACCAAUUAUGUAAUGGUGUUUAUGAAGUAAUUAAUAUAUAUAUAUUGGUUGCUACUA